CACAGCCUCGCCCUUGAAGCUGAUGGCACGCUGAUGGCAUUAAAGACAUCCUACAUACGGCUUCUGGCCCUCCCUCUCCCGGGCCCACAUCGCUCUUGGUCUGCAGUCAGUCGUCAUGGAUUGCCUCCCCUUCGGGGUCAUCGUCCUUGUCCUCGCGUUGGUGCAGAGCGCGUGUGCGCAAAUAUCAGGUGCACAAUGCCUGGCGGGGUUUGAAUGGACAUUCAACUCCAGGAACCAGAGCCCAUGCCAGAUAGCAGCUUAUCUUGAUUCUGCAUGCCAGGCAGAUCCCACAGAUGCAUAUAUCGCGCCCUUGGAUACUGGUUCUCAUUAUGUUCUGACCCAAACCGCCGCAAAUGACUGCUCCUGCAACACCGUAACUUAUUCCAUAAUCUCGGCAUGUGCUUUGUGUCAGGGAGACGAUUCCGUUCCCUGGACAACAUGGAACACGAAUUGUACGAGGUCAUUCGUUGAACAAUUUCCCCUUACGAUCCCUGUUGGAACUGCCACUCCUGCAUGGGCAUACAUGGAUGUUGCGCUGGGCUCGUGGAAUGCUACCGACGCUGAAGCCUUCAAAGCAAAUAAUAACACGGAAUUCAUCGCCUCAAUAGCAUCCACGAUGCCGUCCUCUAGUGUGCCGUCCUCAACCUCAACCUCAGCUUCGUCUUCGAGCGCUGUUAUUCCUACCCCGUCUACGAUCGACGCCACUGUCCCAAGGUCCUCGACAAAGAAGAAUCACGUUGGACCAAUUGUCGGCGGGGUUGUCGGAGGUGUCGCCUGUGUUGUGCUUGCCGUACUUGCGCUCGCCCUAUGGUUGCGACGCCGAAAAGCGCAAAGACGACCGCCGUCUGCCGCAUUCCGAACCCCUGCGCCCUUGGUAACAACACCAUACACACCAGACUCCCCGGAUAAGCACUUUUCAAACAGCAUCAUUGCCUCACCGUAUUCUGCUACAUCUGCAGGAAUGUUAUAUAACCCGGAUGACCCUACGACCUACCCGGAUACGCAUUUAUACAGCCCAAAUUUACGCGAUUCUGUCAUAUUCUCCGCCCAGAAUGGUUAUCAACCGGCUGGCAUACGAUAUACGGGCGUCGCAGAACUGGAGUUUCAUCAUUGAACCUCCAUCAUCGGCGCUAAAAAAAUCCCGCUAUUCGUCUCCUGCAUACAGACAUUCCCUCGUAAUAUUAUUGUCCGUUCUGUAUAAACAGAUAAUUGUAUUCGUACGCAUAUCCGCCUCCGGCGUCGAG